AUGGCCUUGGUCACAGUGAGCCGCUCUCCCCCGGCCAGCGGACACUCCACGCCCUUGAGGCCCACGGACCAGGCAUCCAAACGGAGAAGCCAACUCCAGCGACGGCAGAGCUUCGCGGUGCUUCGGGGGGCUGUCCUGGGCCUGCUGGAUGCAGGGGUCGAUGAUGCAGCUGAGGCCAGCCCUGAGCCAUCACCGGAGGAAACUCCAGGUGCCAAACCACCCACUGAGGACCAGACAGACGAUGUUCACGGGGACCAGACAGACGAUGGGCUAGGGCCCCAGAGUCCCCGGAAGCAGGAGCAGAGGCAGCAUGUGCACCUCAUGGUGGAACUACUGAGGCCGCAGGACGACAUCCGCCUGGCAGCCCAGCUGGAGGCAGCCCGUACCCCUCGGCUCCGUUACCUGCUGGUGGUAUCCACAAGAGAACAUCUGAGCCCGGAUGAGACGAUCCUUCUGGGUGUAGACUUUCCUGACAGCAGCUCCCUCAGCUGUACUCUGGGCCUCGUCUUGCCUCUCUGGAGCGACACCCAGGUGUACCUGGAUGGAGACGGGGGCUUCAGUGUGACAUCUGGUGGGCAGAGCCGCAUCUUCAAACCCAUCUCCAUUCAGACCAUGUGGGCCACUCUCCAAGUGCUUCACCAGGCAUGUGAGGCGGCUCUGGGCAGCGGCCUGGUGCCAGGGGGCAGUGCCCUCACCUGGGCCGCCCACUACCAGGAGAGAGUGAGUUCUGACCAGAGCUGCCUCAACGAGUGGAUGGCCAUGGCCGACUUGGAAUCUCUGCGACCUCCCAGCAUGGAGCCUGGCCGGCCCUCGGAGCAGGAGCAGAUGGAGCAGGCAAUCCGGGCUGAGCUGUGGAAAGUGCUGGACACAAGUGAUCUGGAGAGCGUCACUUCCAAGGAGAUCCGCCAGGCCCUGGAGCAGCGCUUGAACUCCCCACUGCAGCAGUACCGUGACUUUAUUGACAACCAGAUGCUAUUGCUCAUGGCCCAGCAGGACCGGGCCUCCCGCAUCUUCCCUCACCUCUACCUGGGCUCCGAGUGGAAUGCUGCCAACCUGGAGGAGCUACAGAGGAACAGGGUCAGCCACAUCCUGAACAUGGCCCGGGAGAUUGACAACUUCUACCCUGAGCGCUUCACCUACCACAACGUUCGCAUCUGGGACGAGGAGUCAGCCCAGCUGCUGCCCCACUGGAAAGAGACGCACUGCUUCAUCGAGACAGCCAGGGUCCAGGGCACCCGGGUGCUAGUGCACUGUAAGAUGGGCGUCAGCCGCUCAGCUGCCACAGUGAUGGCCUACGCCAUGAAGCAGUAUGGCUGGGGCCUGGAGCAGGCUCUUCGGCAUGUGCAGGAGCUCCGGCCCAUUGCCCGCCCCAACCCCGGCUUCCUGCGCCAACUGCAAACCUACCAGGGUAUCCUGACUGCCAGCCGGCAGAGCCAGAUCUGGGAGCAGAAAGUGGGUAGGGUCUCCCCAGAGGAGUCUCUGGCCCCAGAAGUCUCUGCGCCAUUCCCAGCUCUUCCACCCGAACCAGGGGGCAGUGAGGAGGUGAAGGCUGUGGGGCUGGAGGAGGAGCAGGCAGCCCUGAGAGAAAAGCCAGGUGCUCUGAGGCCUCGUAUCAACCUGCGUGGGGUCAUGAGGUCCAUCAGUCUUCUGGAGUCUUCAUCAGAGCUAGAAAGUGCCUCGGGGGCUGCUGAGCUGCCAGAGGUUUUUUCUUCCAAUGAGUCUUCAGAGGAAGAUCCUCCACAGCCCUCCCCUCAGCCAUCAAGGACCAAGGGGGCCCGGGGAGGCCGGCGGGGCCAGAAGGGGUCAUGGCCUGCCCUGAAAUCCCGCCAGUCUGUGGUUGCCCUCCAUGGCACUGCCCUGGUGGCCAGCAGGACCCAGGCCUUCCAGAAGCAGGAGCAGGGCCAAUGGGAGGCUGGCUGUUCCUCCACUCCCAGGUCCCGGAAAGUGGUCAGACAGGCCAGUGUAGAUGGCAGUGGAGGUGAGGGCGAGGCCUGA